GCUGCCAAAAACUAACUCUGUCUCUCUCCCCAGUCCUUCUCUCUCCCUCCCUCCCUUAGAUGUGUUUGCACGGAAGAGUGCCCAGUGAGGAGACCGACUCCUUGGAUCGCUUUGCGCAAAAUCCACCCCUUUUCUCUCCUCCCUCCCCUCCAGCCUCCGAAUCCCUCUUGGCCCACCCUCCCCUACCGCAGCCACCGCGCGGGGUCGGGGAUGAGCCUCUCUGAACUACUAAGGUGGGAGGGGGGUAUAGGCAGAGGAGAAUGUCAGAUGCUCAGCUCGGUCCCCUCCGCCUGACGCUCCUCUCUGGCUCCUCCAGGACUGGCCUCUGUAAGAAAUAGCAAGAGCUGUGGCAGCGGCGAAAGGAAGCGGCUGAGGCGCUUGGAACCCGAAAAGUCCUGGUGCUCCUGGCUCCCUCGCACUGCGGUGCCCGGCCGGCCGGCAGCACCAUGGACAGCAGCGCAGUCCCCGCGAACGCCAGCAAUUGCACUGAUCCCUUGGCGCCCUCCACUUGCUCCCCAGCGCCCAGCCCUGGUUCCUGGGUCAACUUGUCCCACUUAGAUGGCAACCUGUCCGACCCCUGCGGUCCGAACCGCACCGACCUGGGCGGGAGCGACAGCCCUUGCCCUCCGACCGGCAGCCCCUCCAUGAUCACGGCCAUCACCAUCAUGGCCCUCUACUCCGUCGUGUGCGUGGUGGGGCUCUUCGGAAACUUCCUGGUCAUGUAUGUGAUUGUCAGAUACACCAAAAUGAAGACAGCCACCAACAUCUACAUUUUCAACCUUGCUCUGGCAGAUGCCUUAGCCACCAGUACCCUGCCCUUCCAGAGUGUGAAUUACCUAAUGGGAACAUGGCCAUUUGGAACCAUCCUUUGCAAGAUUGUGAUAUCCAUAGAUUACUAUAAUAUGUUCACCAGCAUAUUCACGCUCUGCACCAUGAGCGUUGAUCGAUACAUUGCAGUCUGUCACCCCGUCAAGGCCUUAGAUUUCCGUACUCCCCGAAAUGCCAAAAUUGUCAAUGUCUGCAACUGGAUCAUCUCUUCAGCCAUUGGUCUUCCUGUAAUGUUUAUGGCUACAACAAAAUACAGGCAAGGUUCCAUAGAUUGUACACUAACAUUCUCUCAUCCAACCUGGUACUGGGAAAACCUGCUGAAGAUUUGUGUUUUCAUCUUCGCCUUCAUUAUGCCCGUGCUCAUCAUCACCGUGUGCUAUGGACUGAUGAUCUUGCGCCUCAAGAGUGUCCGCAUGCUCUCUGGCUCCAAAGAAAAGGACAGGAAUCUUCGAAGGAUCACCAGGAUGGUGUUGGUGGUGGUGGCUGUGUUCAUCGUCUGCUGGACUCCCAUUCACAUUUACGUCAUCAUUAAAGCCUUGGUUACAAUCCCGGAAACUACAUUCCAGACUGUUUCUUGGCACUUCUGCAUUGCUCUAGGUUACACAAACAGCUGCCUCAACCCAGUCCUUUAUGCAUUUCUGGAUGAAAACUUCAAACGAUGUUUCAGAGAGUUCUGUAUCCCAACCCCUUCUGCCAUUGAGCAACAAAACUCAGCUCGAAUUCGUCAGAACACUAGAGACCACCCCUCCACAGCCAAUACAGUGGAUAGAACUAAUCAUCAGCUAGAAAAUCUGGAAGCAGAAAAUUCUCCAUUGCCCUAACAGGGUCUCAUGCCAUUCCGACCUUCACCAAGCUUAGAAGCCACCAUGUAUGUGGAAGCAGGUUGCUUCAAGAAUGCACAGGAGGCUCUAAUUCUCUAGGAAUGUGUGUGCUUUUAGGUCAUCCAACCUCUCUCCUCUCUGGCCACUCCACUCUGCACAUUAGAGGGACAGACAAAGUAAGUGGAGCAUUUGGAAGGAAAGGAAUAUACCACACUGACAAGUCCAGUUUGUUCAAGACACCCAAUGGAACCAAAACCCACCAUGGCAUGUGAAUUGAAGUCAUCAUAAAAGGUGACCCUUCUGUCUGUAAUAUAUUGUUUUCAAGCAAUUAUUUAUGACCUCAUUAAAGAAAAAUCACCUUUUGUUAAGUUCACCAUAGUAACACACAAAGUAAAUGCUACCUCUGAUCAAAGCACCUUGUAUGGAAGGUCCAAGUCCUGCCAGUGCUUUGCAAGGGAAUGAAUGCAUUAUGCUAUUUUUGACCUUUAAUGUUCACCUUAAACUUAGCAUGUGGCUAAGACAUCAUUUUCACCUCUGUUUCUUGUUUUUGUAUUGUUUAAAAAAAUAGCAUCUCUCUCUCAUCUAGCUCCAUAACUGCAAGGGAAGAAAUUAGCAUGAAACGUAAUCUGAAACACAGUAAUAUGUCAGGCUGUAGAAGAGUUGAAUCUCAUGCACUGCAAAUACUUCCAAAGAGUCGUCAUGGGGGAUUUUCCAUUCUCAGGCCUUCAGUGGUUUGUUUCCUGGUUUUAAAUGUGCAGUUUUCUUGCUCCUAUUUAAGUGUUCACAAAAGGUAAUAGCCAAUGAGCUCAUCACUUCACCCAUGCAGGAAGUCAAACAUUAAAAUGCGCUCUUUAUUUCUCACUGGUUUCACCAUGCUGCAUGCUCCCCACAUAUUAUUUUCUUUUUUAAACUCAGUUUAGAAUUCUUAUGCCUUUUGAAUCAGCGUGAUAAAAUGACAGAUGUUUUUGUUGAUUGCCAGAACAGUUUAAGCUAUUUUUUUAAAAAAAAAUAGAUCCAAUAAAUGUAAUCUCAAGACAGAAAGACUGAAAUGACCAUAUAGAAAAGUGUGUCAUCUACUUUUCAAUCCUGUGUAGUUACUUGGACGUGAAAUAUUAACAAUGGCCCAAAAAUAUUUUCCUGAAGAUUGUGUUUAUAUAAUGUUAUCACCAAUAUUUUGGUCUUUUUGGUCUCUGCUUAAUGUCAAGAUUUCCUUUGUAAAGUGUCAAUCUUCUAAAUAGUUUCUCUAGGACAAUUCUCUUUGACUGGUUUUCUUUGUUGUAAAAUACAGUAGAGAUUUGGCAAUCACCCAUUUUACUUGAUCUAGGUAGACAGCCAAGUCAGAUGUCUUAUGCCGAGAAGCUCUCCCCUUUGAACUUUUGUCAGCAUUGAUUAAGUGAAUCAAAUACCAUGUAGUUAUCUAUGAAGACACCAGUAAAAAUACUAGGCUGCUGACUUCUGAGUAUUUCUCAGUCUACAAUCUGCCAGAAGACUCCAUUGUAAAAUUUGCAUUUCUUCAUCGAUCUGACAAGGCGCAAAUAUGUGCCAGACAUCCGAAAACAAUGUUUCUGGAAAACAUCUGUCGUGGAUCAGAAUAACUGGAUUUACCCUCAGAUCUAUUGGCUCAAGUUAUGUGGACUCAACCCAUGUGUCCAGUAGAUGAGAAAAAAACAAAAUAAGAGUUUUAGUGUUUCCUUCUGAUGAAGUCUCAUGUUUGUUUGUAAUAAUUUCUAGUUCUCAAAUAUUAUGUUCCAUAACAGACAUGUAUUAUGUUUAACUUUUUAUAUUUUCUGGCCAAAGUAACUAAAACUAGGACCUUAGAAAGAUUUAGAAUGUUAAAUAAGUAUAUUAGUGUGUAUAUAUUUACAUGUAUACACUACUAGAGCUUCCAUAAGUAAAAUGGAUAAUUCAAAGAGAACACAAUGAAAUAUAUGUAGGUAAAUAACUGAGGAGGAAAAUUCAUGCUUUUCAUGGGCUAUGAUGGUUUCUCUUAAGGGAUGACAUAGUAUUGCUUCUUCUCAUCAGGCUGUUUUUCAACAAUCAUUGUUUCUGUCUAACAGCAGCUCCUAGUAUGAAUUACCUGGCACAUUGUUGAGAGCAACUUCACCUUUAAGUAGGCCCUGAUCUAUCUUUUCCCACAAAUGUCAUGUGUUUGAACAAGUUUCUUCCAUGUCAUUUUUGAGACUCGACACAGAAUACACAAUAAAGGGGGUUAUUUUUUAAAGGACAUUCUAAAGUAAACAAUAAAUAAGUGCAUGUCAACAUUUUUCUUCAAAACCAUUUUUUAAGGAAAAUUUGUUAGAACCUCCUGGCAAUUCCAAGGUAAGUAGCAACAUAACACCCUGACUCAGCUAGAUGGGCUAAGGUUUCUGAUAAAAUCUGAAGACAAAGAAAAUGGAAUAUUCUGCUUUUUUCUUCCUUCUAAUUUCUCCCUUGCCUAAGGAUGAGAGUUCUUCCUGGGUUGCUAUCCCAGAAAUGCAGACUGUAGAUAUGGGGCAGAAAUUUUGCUUCUUCACCUGAUCACUUGCUAUGGAAAUUCUAGUUUAUUGUGUCCCAAGUAGUUAGUGAUCUUUUCUCCUUCAGUCUCCACUGUUACUUUGCUCCUGCAUCCCUCUUUACUUGCUAAUCAUUAGAAAGGAAAGAAGAGGAAAGAGACUCAACUGGGGCAAUGGUGAAUCCCUAGGACUCGGCUAUUAAUGGCCUCAUGGGAAAAGGGUAUCUGUCCUCAGAAGGGGAUUUGAUCAUACUUUUGUUUUAAGCCUCUAGCUGUAAUAUUCCAGACCUACCUUAACAAUUUAAUGAUGUUGAAUAAUAGAGUAUAGUGAAGAAGCUAAAAUUUGAGUUUCAGGGUCAUGCAGACCCACAUCUGAACAAACUUUGAAAUUUUUUGGCUUUGUGGUUUUGAGCAACAUAUUUAAACUCUCCUAGUGUCAGUCUUCCCUUGAAACCAUGGAUAAUAGCAACCUUACUGAAUUGUGCUAAAGAUUAAGUGACACAAUAUAUACAAAAACCUUCGCCUACCAGGCAGCAAAUGCUUUCCAUUUGCAAUGAAAAUUACAAAUGAAAACUAUCGAUACCAAAACAACAAGGGAAACUUGGAAAAUUCACUGGGAACAACCUCUGCUCACCUUUGGCACAAAACCCUGAGAGAAACCUCCUUGAGAAGGCAGGAAGACCCUCAAGGGGAGCCUUCUGUCAUAAACAACCCCAACAGGGCUGUCAGAAGGAGGACUCCUAAUCUGGCCAUUUGAAACACUUCUCAACAUUGAAAUAGAUAGUUGCAGUUUUAAAAUAAACUAUUCUAAGACAGUUAUGAGGAGGUAAGGGAACAUUUAUUUUCUUCAAUAAUGUGACUGUGUUGAUAAAACUAAUAUCCAUUCACUUGCAAAUUUUAUUAUUGAAAAGGUCUCACUUAGCUCAUUUAGUAUUACCAAAAAAUGCUAACAAAUUCUGUUUCCAGCAUUAUCACAGCAUGCCUUUUACAUCUCAGGAGCCAGGCAAAAGUUGAAAUUCAGAAACAUAGAUAUGAAAUGCAACUAGGAUACAAAGAAAAUACCUCUGAAAAGAUUCUCACCAUAUUUGUCACAAAGCCACCAAAGCAUUCAAAGUCUUUACUUAAGUCAAGUCUAUUUAUAUGUUUAAAAGCUAAAAACAAGAUAUUUUUGGUAAUUCUUCAAUUAAAUAUUUCAUCUAAAUAUGUGGAAAUAAGAUGCAUACUACAUCUCUCAUAUAAUAAUCAGUUUUAUAUAGACAUAGUCUCCAUCGACUGAUAAUUACCAAGAUAAGAUGGCACUAGAAAUUUCUCCAGCUUAUGCCAUGAAUAUUGUAGAAGCUGAUACUAUCUGUUAGGGUAUUACAAAUUCUAGAGGGUUCUGGCCAAAGCAACCUAAGAAUAGGACAUGGUAGCUUAAGUUUCUCAGCUUCUCAACUGGCCACACACAUCCAAGUUUUGGUCAAACAAGUCUUGAGGUCAAUCAGAACCAAAAAACUGUUACUGGAAGAAACAUUAUCCUCUUCAUAGAAAUAUCCACCAACAGAAAAUUAGUUUCUCAAGGAAUCCUUACUGCCAUUUUAGAAACAUCAAGAUUAUUGCCUAGAUUCUCAACAUAAUUCUUUACUCAUAGGUCUAUUGCUUGGGCUCAGGAAAAGAGUGAGAACAUGAAACUUUGUAAAUGUCUGGGACUACCCUAUUUCCCCCAGUUUGAGAUGGUUCAGGAUCUAUAGUCAUAGAAGAGGGUAUGCAGAUUCCAUUUAAGACCACUGCCAGUAAGGUCUAAGGCAAAAGUCAAUUAAAGAGUUCAACUCUGGGACAUCCAUUUAAGAGCCAUUUAAUCCAUCUAAUUACAAACAAUUUCACCCAUAGUCAAUGUUCCCCACUGUCAUCAAAAAUGUUAAAAGUACAAGGAAUUGUGUACAUUACAAACUGCUCCAGAAGCAAAACCAAAUGUGGAUAGCAUUGUGAGGGGCAGUGUGUGGCAAAUGUUCAACCUUUUGUUAUGUAAUACCACCAUGAUAUUUCUUAAAGCAGUAGACAGAUGAGUCAAGUUCAAUUUAAUGCAAACAGUAUUACUGUGUCCUAAGCAAUUCGGUUACCUGGAAAGGGAUCUGAUCCCAAUCCCAAAAGAGGGUUCUUGAACCUCAUGCAAGAAAGAAUUCAGGGGAGUCCAUAGAGUAAAGUGAAAGUGAAACAGGUCAGAGUCAAUGGUCUUGUUGUCUAAAGUGUUAUCCGAGGUUGUCUCACAACCAAGAAAAUUAAGGAGCAUGGACACAAAGGGUGAAGUUGGAGUGAAAGUUUAAUAAGCAAAAGAAGAAAGCUCUCUGCAGCAGAGAGGGGAGCUCAAGAGAGUUGCUGUUUUUAUAGCUGAAUCCAAAGCUUUUAUCAGAAACUCCUCUCAUCUCUGUAGCUAUUUGAGUAACUUCUCUUAUCUGAAAGCUAUCUCUACAACUGCCUCUAUAUAUGCAGCUGCGGGAUGUCUCCAGGAGAGCACAAAACGUAGCUUUUCUUGUUUGUAUAAUUGUGGGUUUAAGUAAGCUUCUAUCCUCCCUGUGCAAGUUCCCAUGGAGCAGAAAAAAGAAGGAAACUUUUUCCUGGGAGCCUGCUAAUUGCACAAUGAACAAAAGGCUUCUAUGCUGGGUCUUACCUUCUAACAGUGCAGCAGUUAAAGUCUGAGUUUUCCCCAGGCUGAUCCAUUUUUGCCUGUAGCUGUGAUUUUUCAGGCAGGCUGCUUCUCCAAGGACUAGUCUUAGCUAUCUACCUAAGUGAUGUUUCCUUUUCUUCUCCCUCUAAAGCAAGUUUAUUAGGAAAGUAAAGGAGCAAGGAAUGGCUACUCCACAGGCAGUGUAGCCCCAAGGGCUGCUGGUUGGCUAUUUUGUGGUUAUUUCUUGAUUAUAUGCUAAACAAGGGGUGGCUUAUUAAUGAGUUUUCCGGGAAAAGAGUGGGCAAUUCCUAGAACUGAGGAUUCUUCCCUUUUUAAGACCAUAUAAGGUAACUUCCUGACAUUGCCAUGGUAUUUGUAAACUGUCAUGGUACUGGUGGGAGUGUCUUUUAGCAUGCUAAUGCAUUAUAAUUAGUAUAUAAUGAGCAGUGAGGACAACCAGAGGUCACUUUUGUUGCCAUCUUGGUUUUGGUGGGGUUUGGCCAGCUUCUUUACCACAUCCUUUAAUCAGUAAAGUCUCUGUGACCUGUACUUUGUGCCAAACUCCUAUCUCUUCCUGUGACUUAGAAUGCCUAACUCCUGAUACCUAACCCAGUAGGUCUCAGCCUUAUUUUACCCAGCCCCUAUUCAAGAUGGAGUUGCUCUGGUUCAAACACCUCUGACACAUGAAUCACAAAUAUAAGGACCAUUGACACUGAGAUUUUAGGGGAGGAAAAAUAGAUUGAGAGUGAACUAAAAGUACUUUUGUAACAAGGUACUUUCCACACAAUAUUGAAUAAAUGCAGUGUAUAUAUUUUUAAAGGAAUUUUAAGAGCUCAGAAAUCAUUAGAGUUAAAUGUAUCAAUUUUUAAAGCAAGUUCUGACUCAAAUAUAUGAAAAUAUUAUUCUAGACCCGAGGCAGAUACUCAGAGAAAGAUCGAUUUUCUAGGGGUUUUUCCCAUCAUGCAUUUUAAACAAAUUUAAGAAUAUGCUUUUUCAAUUCACUUUGCAUUUCUUACCUUGUAUUGAGAACUUCAUUAGAAUCUGCACUUGAAAUUGCACUUAAACUUUACAAAAUUACAGAAGAAGUUAUUUUCCACAGGUAUGCAGUGGGAUGUUAAAACUCAAGACGUUAGUUCCUAGGAACACUCCACCCCAUACCUACAGAAAUGGGGUGCUAUUUCCGUAUGAUCUCUGUGACACAUGGGGUGAGCCCUUCUUUUCUGUCUCAGUCUCAAAAGACAGUAAGUCUUUGAUCCAUUUGCAUCGAAAAGCACUUCAUAUGCUCGAAACUAAAAUAAAACUUUAUUGCAAUACAUUAAUAUGCUCCUAGAACAUACCACUAGGUCUGAGACAAUGCAGAAGGUUCAUUAUUUAUUUGGGAAGAGCAAGGUAAGAAUCAAGUAGAAACAAUAAAGGGAAGGAAAAGAGAUGAAAGCUUACUCAUCUUAUCCAGUCUAUCACUGGAAUUAUUUGGCAACACAUGCUGCCACUCAGAGAAAGUAGUUCUCCUCACUACAUUUUACACAAAGAAAUUAUCUCUAAAGGCACUCAGACAUUUUGUAGAGCAAGUAGCAAUUCUACUGAAAGUUGCAAAGGUUCCGUAGAAUCUCUCAGACCAGAUACAGGACCUACCAAAGGCCACAGCUGAGCAGAAGCAUCUACAUUAGACAGUUUUACCCUCUGUGUUUCAGGAAAACUUCUGUCCUGUGGGAGCAAAACAAAACUAUAGUAGUUUUUUGUUAGUGUAAAAAUUGCCCAAUAUUAACCAGAGUAGCCCAAAAUGUUUCAGGGAAAGAAUAGAUAUAUUUAUGUUUUUCAGAUGAUGUAUCUUCAUUUUCAAUUUUGAAAGAACAGUAAUAUUAAUUAUAUCCCAUGCAGCGGGAUAGUGACAAUUUUGAUGGUACUUGACUUUGCCUCUAUCAUACAUCUCAAUGAUCUUUUGUCAUCCAAAGCUAUUUCAUGAAUCAAAUAUAGUUUACUACCUCCCCUACAAUUGUGUACAUAAAACUCAAACCUCGCAAGCAAUAAACCUCUUUCAUUACACAGGUUUAGAUUUAGAGGUUUGUUGCUUAAGUUCCAACUAAUAGUAUCACAUUCUUAGCAUAAGCAUACUCAUAAAGAAAAAUAAGUAUUUGUUUUGGUUCUAAAGAAAGAGCACAGAAGCCCUUUGGGACAGUGGAGAAAAUUCAUCUUGAUAUUGUCACAUGCACUAUAAUAGGAAUUUUUAGCAACAAAAAGCUUCCAGAGAAAGGUGGUUUCCAAUAUUACCUGCAACUUCCUUUGCAAUUUGACUUUUGAAAGGACCUGAAAGUUGAAAACAGGCUAUCAUAUCCCAUUUGCUUUCAGUCUCUUAAAUUUUCACUCUUUUGCUUCAAAUGCAUAAUGUUUUAUUUAAAUUUUCACUGCCCACCAAGGCUAGAAAUUUUUCAAUGAAUACACAGGGUUACAAAAUACCAAGUGGAAAUGAGAGAAGUGGUAGAAACCAAGGAAGAUGUAGAAGAGAAAAAGAGGAAAUAAAGGGGACAACCAUUUUCCUAAGAGUAAAAUUUAACAUGCACUGAACAUCAUGCGCGAGCUUCAUUAAUUUAAGCAUACCAAAACUGCUUGAAUUAACAAGUAUCAGUGAGAAAGGAGAGGAGAUUACAUUUGUGUGACCUAAAGGUUGUAAUUCACUGUCUAAGAGGACAAAGACAAAGAAGUUCUGGGAAGGAGAACAGCAAUUAUUUUCCCCCAUUUCAAGAAGGGCAGAAGUGUCCCAACACUACACAAUAUUUGCAAAAUUCAAAUGUCUCAUAGGCUUUCUUUCCCUGGUUCCCUCAGGAGCUGGGUUUCUGGGUUGCAGACGUGCUUUUCAUAUUCUGUACCUGGUUGUGGUAGCAAUUGUCACCACCCCAUGCUGCUGUGACACCAAAACAACUAAGCCUAGAAUCAGCUGGUUCCUCUUUUCAUCUGCAAGGCAGAUUUGGCUUCCACGAUUGUUCACUGCUCUGCAUUAUGAAGGCUGAGUGACAGGUGUACACCCUUCAGUGACCCCUCAAAGGCUCUCCAAGCAGAGGUAAACAUGCGUGUCCUGCUGGUGACACAUUAGACUUCUUACUUUCCCCAAAUAAAAAAGUGUCAUGUGCCACGCUAUAUGCCCAAAGUUUCCUUCACACAACACAGCCUUGAGAUGCAGUAUUAAAUGCUAUACUUUUCCUAUCAUAGUGGUACAUGUGGCUUUUCUUGGCUGUGUUCUAAGAUAUCAUCCUUUGAAAGCAGUGGCUACUAUCAUCUAAGGAUUCCAUCAGAGACUUCCAAAAGAAGAGGUAUCAUUUAUAAAGGGAAUUUGAAUAAAGUGGCCAGUUAGGUGUUUUCAGAAACACCUAUUCCCUACUUGCCUACUCUUUAAAGGUUUGGGGGAUUGGGGGAGGUUUUGUUUGGGUUUUAAUUUGGGUUUUUGUUGCUGUUGUUUGUUUAUUUAUUUGUUGUUGUGUUUAAGACUUUUUACUUGUCCCUGAAAUGUUUGUCAUCACACAAAUACAUGCUCCUUAGAAUAAGAAAUACCAGACUAGAUUAGGAGGUGCACACCACCAAUUGAGAUGUAUCUGUGCUCAUGACUUGACAUCGUGGUGGGUCAGCUACAACCCUCCCCACUCCCUGCUUUCACUAAAUAACAACUCUUUUUUCUCCAUCAUUUUGACUUAGAACCAGUUACAAUUUAAUCUCCGAUAUCCUGACCAGCACAAGACAUCCAUGGGUUGAUUCUUGUUCUCCUGAAUCUCUGCAGGUGACAAAUCUGAUUCCUACUGCCUGUUCCUGCCUCUGCAGGGGUCCAUUCAGAAAACAGGAAAAUAACAAGGGCUUCCUGUAAUUCUCCUUGGCUGUGAUACAAUUUGUUCCCAUCUGCCCCCAGGCUUACCCAUUGCUCUGUCUCGGUGGGGAGCUGUUACUGCUCACUGCUGUACUAACUCAAAACUCAUUUGCUUUAUGGAAAUUCGUGGCCCUUAUUUCUCAAGGGACCAGAGAAAACAAAUAGGCCUACUCUCCGGCUGAGUACUUUCCAUGCAAGCUACUGCAUCUGUACAAAUUAAGUUCAAAUAACAGAGUAUGUCCAAGAUUUAUAAAUUCAGUAUUACAAAUUGUAAUCUAGCAAGUGCUCUCAGGAUCCCCUUGCUGCGUGUAAAUCAAUCAUAUAACUUCUGCAGGGCCUGUGGGAAAAUAACAAUAAGAAAACCUGGUGUUUACCUGAAGAGCUACCCAGUGAUUUGUGUGUUUUCUUCAUAAACUUCGCCCAUUUAUUAGAAGAACAAAAUGAGGAUGGAGUUAAUUCCAACUUCAAGGUUCCUUUUUCACUUUUAUAAUUAACUCCUUCCUUCGAACUAAAUUGUAACAUAACCAAAUCCAUAGACCAAAUGAUUUAAUACAGUUUCUAAUAAUGGCUGAAGGUCCAUUUAUUUUAAGCAAUGUUCACCACAACAAAAUUCCAGGGAAGUCUAAGAAAUGGGACAGUCCAUUGAGGAUCCUUUUGCCAGGAUGUAGGUUGGCCCAUGAAUGUGCACAUGCAUAUAAAAAUACAGGCAUCUCUUUUAAGUCCUGUUUUUCUCAUAAAAAGGUUGAAAUUCACAAGAGGAAACUGGGAGAUCAAUUCAAUUACUGUUUUUUUUAUUGCUCCUGAAGACAGUUGAAGCAAUCAUGCCGGUUGUUCUUGAACUAGCUGAUUUAUUACAGAGACAGCUGGAGACUGAGCGAAUAAACACAUCAUUGAGGAAAAAGGCUACCUUAUACCUCAUGCAGAGCUGACGGUCUGAUGAGAACUGCCAGAUAAUAGCUAUGCUAGUUGUGAAAUAAGUUUAAAAACUAGAAUUGUUUCUUCUAGCUCUGUUUCUACAUAGUGCACAGAGAUCUUUGCAAAAAACAGAAAACUAAUGUUAAAUUGGACCUAUAAAUAUAAGUCAAUUUGGCUCUGUCAAAAGAGAAUAGGAGUUUAACCUAUAUCUGUGUCUUAUUAAUAUUUUGAAGUAUAAGAACUUAUGUCAACAUCAUAUAUGAUUGGAGACUUCCACAUAAUAAUUUGAGUUUUAGUGCCCACUGUUACAGAAAAUCAUAAUGGAAAAACUAAUGUCAAUAAUAAUUUCAGAUGUGUAUUUUAGUUCUCAAAAGAACAUCUACAUUCAUUUGAAAAAUAACUCUAUAUCUAUUCUUGAAACAUAUUUAUUUAGUUCAAGGUCUGAUGAGCUCCCAGACUGCUGGGAAUUGCUUUGCAGACUUUCAAGCUUUUGAAGAUGCCUGUGAUUUUUUUUAAUGGCUAGUUUGGUUGAAGUGUCUCUUAUCAGUCAGGUACUUUGCAUUUUAAGUGUACAUUACCACCAACCCCACAGUACACACACGUGUGCACACACACACACACACACACACACAUGCAGCAUAGUGAAAUGGAUCCAUGGGAAUUAUAUGGUAGUUGUAAU